AUGAUUGAUCUUCCACGCAGAAGUGGCUCCGGGAGCACGAUAAGGAAGUUCCGAUCGGUGAUCAUGAACCGCUCAUGCCGCAGCAGUGUGGUCAAGGUGCACAUGAAUCCCGAUGGCACCUUCGCAGUCCAGGCCACCGACAUUCAUUUCUUCAACAAGCCUGAGUACGUGUAUAACGAUCACUAG